GGAAAGACCUUCCGCAAGACUUCCCUUCUGCGGGCCCACGUACGUCUACACACGGGCGAGAGGCCUUUUGUCUGCAACUGGGUCUUUUGUGGAAAAAGAUUUACACGCAGUGAUGAACUGCAACGGCACGCCCGAACGCAUACAGGUGACAAACGUUUUGAGUGUGCCCAGUGCCAAAAGCGCUUCAUUAGGAGCGAUCAUCUGACAAAGCAUUAUAAAACCCACUUGGUCACCAAGAACUUGUAGGUUGCAAUGCAAGCAGGAAAAGUAAGGAAGCGGAAUGAUGAUGAGCAACUUUUCACCCCUCAUCAUGAAAGAUGGUCUCUGCAAAGGACAGGGAAAAAAAAAACCCCCAAAUAAUUGUCCUGACUGUGACAGCUUCCCCAGCCACAUCUGCCCAAGGAAAAAAUGGAAUGGCUGCUAUUCCUUCAAUUGAACUGCCUUCAGACUGGCAUUCUCCUUUGGAAAUUCUU